AUGAACGAAUCCCCCCCGCCCCGGACUCCCGCGCACCUUGCGCCCGCCCGGGGCCGCCAACUCCACUCCGCUAUGUCCGACUCGUCGCCCGCCCGCCAACGGAGCACGGACGACCUCCUCGCGAACCUGAACCCGCGGACCGUCGUCAAUGCCUUCCGGAACCCCUCGGGGGGGCUGAAGGCUUGCCUGGCGGCAGCAACCCCGGCCGAGCAGGCCUUUGCGCUGAGGGUUGCGAUUGCAUCGGAUAAUAUCUACGCAUGGCUCGGCGAGCUCUCCGCCUGGCCUUGGCCGGCUGGUGGGGGCUCUGCGGGCUUUGAGAUGCCUAGGAGUAGAAGAUCAAAACUCUGGGACACCCUGCUCCCCACACAACACGAAUCCCUGGGUACACCAGACCAGGGAUACAAUGGAAGCAUUCCGACGGCCGACGUUGCGAGAUACGAGCGGCGCAUCGAUGAGAUCGCCCAGGGGCUGGAGGAGCUCGAGAUAGAAGAGAUCAAGAGCCAGGUUUUGAACAACCACAUCAUGCCCUUGUCCAGGCCGGGGACCCCCGUAAUGGGUUCUGGGCGCUCUACCAUGUCGCUGUCGAGCUUUGCGAUGUUGGAUGACUUGACUGCCAUCGUCACAGCCACCACCGUUCAAGCGCUGCCGAACCUUUCUAAACUCACCAGGCUCAUGAGUGCUUGGAAUUUUCGCCUUCUGGUGCUGCGUAAGAUCCCGGUCUUCUUGACGUCAAUUGCCGACGCCGAGGCCGCUCUCCAGUCGGGUUGGAAUGCGAUCAACACUGCCAAUCGCCAGAACGGGGCCACAUCCGCAGCCUUGUCUCGGGAAGCCUUUGACGUGAUGAAGUCUGUCCUGGGGCGCAAGGUGGCCAAGGCGGGCCGCGACUUGGAUGCCAUGCUGGAUAUCCUUGAAGGCCAGCCCGACACCCUACCGGAAGACUGGAUCGACCGGAUGGACACUUUGGAGCAUGCAUAUGGCGAAUGGACUGUGGCCUGCGACAGGAAAGUCCAGGAGAACGACUUGGCGGGGAUGGUCCAGCAGGUCGUCCCGCCCAGGGCAGCGCCCGAGCAGCCAUUGCGCGAGGGCACGGAUGGAAGUGCCCCCAGCGUGUCGCCCGUCUCCAACGGAUCCCCGGCAUUGGCACCUUCAGGGGAAGCACAGCCGCUGGCGAAUGCGUCUUCCCCGGAUAGCGACAGUGCACGGGAUCUUAGUCCCCCGCCGGAGGUCCGGCCUCCCGUUAUCAAGAUCUACCCAACCAUUGAAGAAGAGGAGACGCCCGCAACGGAGGGCGUCUACCCGGAUACCGAUAACGACUUCGAUCAAAGCGCAUCCGACGGAUCGGCCAGCGCUGAACCUUUUGUAAGAGCCAUCUCGGAGCCGCUGUCGACUGGCCCUAGCAACCGGAGGAUACUCGGGGAUGCGGUGGGCUUUUCCUCGACUUCUGACUCUGAGCUGUCGGACAUUUCGGAGAAUGAGGUGUUUCAGGCGGAGGAUCAUGACAGACGUGCUAGCACCGCCUCGGAGUCCUCGACGGUCCUGCACGAAGCUCCCAGCACGUUCGUGGACUCGUUCUCUAGUGAUCUUGUCGACCAGGGAACUCCUGAACGCCCUCGCUUAAGGCACAUGGACAGCACAGACCUCUCGGGUCUCGAAUCCUUCCGGUCGAGCACAAGGUCCAUGUCAGUGACCUUCAACGACAAGCCCACCAUCACGGAACUACCGAGCUUUGUCAGCCCUCCUGGUACCCCGACGAGAUCCAUGUUGGAGGAUGAGGAUGAUGUGACGCAGCCCAACACUCCGGCCGAAAAGGUCAUCCCCGGCAUGGACGACCAGCUCCAGCGCCAGAUCGGCCAGAUUCUGGAGUCGGUGCCAGCUAAGAUCCGACUGACUGCGGAGCCCCCAGCCGUCAACCUCAACCCGCCCGACUUCAAAAUGCCAAUCCCGCGCAAGAGCUCCAGGGGAGACGCCAUCCCUCGGACCCAAUCCAACAUGUCGAUGCGCUCUGCCUACUCCCGCUCCGCCACGCCCUCGUUCACCCUAGCGCCCGCCCGCAGCUCUCGCCCGCGCCACCGCGGCAACCAGGAGAUCAAGCUCUACCACCUCUCCCGCUCCAACGGCGAGGCCCCGAUCAAGCUCUUCAUCCGCUGCGUGGGCGAGCACGGCGAGCGCGUCAUGGUGCGCGUGGGCGGCGGCUGGGCUGACCUAGGCGAGUACCUUAAAGAAUACGCCACGCACCACUCUCUGGCGCUCCGUCGCCGCCGGCGCAGACGGCAAGAUCGAGGUCAAGGACAUCCCGCGGACUGGGUGCGCGCCAGCCCCUCCAACAACAACGAACCGCACCACCAUUCCCCCGCCUCGCGCCCCAAGACCCCGCUCGCCAGCGUCAGCCGCCUCGAAGCCACCCCGCCGUCGGGGGGCUCGUCGCUGCGCUCGCGCUCCAGCUCGCGGGUCAGCUGGGACGAGGACGAGGGCGCCGUGGCCCUGGGCAUGGCCGGCCCGCGCGCCAAGCAGAUCGAGAUGAGCGAGGAGAGCAAGGCGUGGGUCGAGAGCAUCAAGGAGAAGGUGCGCAUCGCUAGUGGCGAGCGGAAACCCUCCGGGUCGGCGGCGCUGCCGAGUAUUGCGGGGACGGUGGCGGGGGGGAGGGAAAGCGUGGGUGGUAGGAGGGGGAGUGUGGGUGUGGGUAUGGGUGUGGUGGGUAGUGGUGGUGGUGGUGGUGGUGGUGAUGAGGGGGGGUUGGAGGCGAGUUUGAUGGAUCGUGGGGGGGAGGCGAGGAGGGGCAUGUUUGGGGAGAUUGGGAAGGUGGGGAGUACGAAGAGGCUUUUUAGGCGCGGGUGA